CGUCAAGAAAUAGAUUUAGUUUGGUUAGUUCGUGCGCGGGGCCCCAGCGAUUGGGACGACGGGCAAUUUCAAACGAGGCGAACAACGACAUUUUAUAAUUAAAAUACUACGAUUCAAAUGAUAAGCGUUGCAAAAGUCGGUACAAGAAAAUAAGAAAGAAAAAAAUAAGAAAGAAGAGAAACCAAGGAAGAAAAAAAUAAUCAAAUCGAAUCGGGCUGUUGGUUGGCAAAUCUAAUACAAGAAGAAAGGAAAAAAAAUACGGUGUUGUUUAAAAUAUCCUAUUUACCCAUCGAGAAGCAAGAAACAAAACGAAAAAAAAAUUUCUUUUCAGUGUCAAACGUGCAAUCACGCCGUUAAUUCAGGAAAGACUGAAGUUUUCAAAUAUUUUAUUGGUGAAAAAUUACGCAAAGUAGAUGGUGCCGGUUCACGUUAAUUGGUGAAGGAAGGAACAGGAGUUAGCCGCGACCCACCGGCAAAAAAAUGGGGGUCGCCGAAGAUUUUGCCCCCAGCUUUACGCAGAAGCCACAAUUGCGACAGGAGGAUGAGGGUAACAGAUUGAUAUUCGAGUGUCAAUUGGUCAGUUCUCCAAAGCCUGAGAUAUCCUGGUUUCGUGGCGAGACUCAGUUAAACGAGGAUGCUAGGACAAAUUUCAAAAUUCAAAGCAUCGGGACAAACAAAUUCCUCGUUGUACUCGAACUAGACGACGUCAUCGAGACUGACGCCGGCCUUUAUAAGGUCAAGGCUAAGAACAAGAUGGGUGAAGUCGCUGCCUCGAUUAAUUUGAACUUCAGCCCUGUCGAUGAGCCUAGGGAGAAACAAAUCGAUGGGAUUGCACCGACAUUUGCAAAAAAACCGGCGAUCAGACAAGAAGAAGAUGGAAAACGAUUACUAUUUGAAUGUCGUAUAACCGCUGACCCGACCCCUAAAGUUUCUUGGUCCCAUAAUGGAAAUUUGGUCAAGGAUUCCCCGCGUCAUAAAUUAACGGUGGAUAAGGAUGGCCACUCGUAUUUUGCUACGUUAGAAAUCAAAAACGUGACUGUUGAGGAUGCUGGAAAAUACAAAGUCAAUGCAAAGAACGAGUUGGGCGAGUCCAAUGCCACGAUUUCACUGAAUUUUGACAGCGACGAGGCCCCCGUCCCAGACGACGGAAUCAAACCAACCUUCACCGAGCGGCCUGUCAUCAGACAAUCAGACGAUGGCAACACUAUUACUUUCGAAUGUCGUUUAGUUGGCGAUCCAAAACCAACCGUCAAGUGGUUUCACGGUAACGACGAAGUUAAGGACGGUGGAAGAUUCACGACAUCCUUGGAAUUGGACCAGAAACUUUAUCAUCUAGCGAGGCUUCAAAUAACCAGUGUUGCUAAAGCCGACAGUGGUGAAUACAAAGCUGUCGCUAAAAACAAACAUGGCAAUGGGGUUGCUACGAUAAACCUUAAUUUUGAGGGCGGCGAUAAACCGAAAAUUCCCGACGGAAAACCACCACGUUUUCCGAAAAAGCCAACGAUACGUCAAGAAGGCGAUGUACUUAUUAUGGAAUGUAUUUUGGAAGCACAUCCCGUCCCAGAGAUCACGUGGUUUCAGGGGACUAAAGCAAUAGCGGAUAGUCCUAGAGUGAAGAUGUUGAGAAAAUCGACUAGCAAGGAUACCUAUUUAUUAACAUUGGAAAUUUCGAAUCCAACUAAAGCUGACGGAGGAAAUUAUCGAUGCAACGCGUUCAACAGCUACGGUGAAAGUAACGCCAACAUCUCGCUCAACUUCCAAGAUGACGGAGCUGGAUUCGCGCCUUCUUUUAUCGAGAAGCCGCGUAUUAUUCCAAACGAGAGUGGAACUCUUAUUACGAUGAAAUGCAAGUGCAAGGCGAAACCGAAACCCGACGUCACAUGGUUCCGCGGACAAACUGUCGUCAAGGAGUCGUCAAAAAUUACUAUCAAAAGCGUCGGCGUCGAAGAGGACGUCUACGAACUCACACUCGAAAUUAAGGAUCCAUCGGGUCCUGAUGGUGGCACGUACAGGUGUCACGUCAAAAACGAAUAUGGGGAGAGCAACGCUAAUCUCAAUUUGAACAUCGAAGCUGAACCGGAGCCCGAGGGAGAUGGUCCAACGUUUGUCGACAAGCCUAGAAUCCAGUCGCAAAAUCAGGGUAAACUUGUCAUCAUGGACUUCAGGGUCAAAGCGGAUCCGAAACCGGAAAUUGUUUGGACACAUGCUGGAAAGGUCGUCAAGGAAUCGUCGAAAAUUACGAUAAGCAUUACCAAAGAGAAGGAAGAUAUCUAUUACAUAAAACUCACCCUUAACGAUCCCGGCCCCGAUGACUCUGGACUUUAUAAAUGCAACAUCAAAAACGCACUCGGAGAGCUGAACGCAAACCUCACUCUCAACGUCGAAAUAAUUCCGGUUAUAAAGGAGAAACCCAAAGUGAUAAAAGUAGUGAAGAAGAAGACCGUGAUUGUCGAAUGUCACGUGCUUUCGAAAUUCGCUCCAGAUUGUACAUGGUUCAAAGAAACGAAGGCGGUCAAAGAAGAUUCAAGGCAUACAGUUCGGGUGGAGCAGGUCAAGGAGGGUGAGUUCGCCGUCAAAUUGGAAAUCGAACAAGUUUCGACCAUGGACAAGGGCACGUAUAAAUUGGUCGCUAGAAACGAAAAGGGCGAGGCAACAUCACAAGUAGUCGAGAUCACGGAAAUACCGGAAGACGGUGACAGGCCUCAAAUCGCCUCAGGACUGAAAUCCAUCACAACUGAAGAAGGAAAAUCAAUCGAAUUCAUGGCAAAAUUGGCGAGAGAAGAUAGGAAAGUCAACGUCGUUUGGACGAGGAAUUCAACGACGAUAAAAUCGUCGAAAGACGUUAGGAUAUCUUUCAAUGGUUCUGAAAUGAGACUGACGAUCAGUUCCGUUACCAACGAUUAUUCGGGAACCUACAAACUGGUCGUUACAAACGAAUAUGGAAAAGACGAGACCACCGCCGAUUUGAUCAUCAGGAAGAAGGAAGAAAAGAAGAAAGAGGAAGAUGAGGAAGAGGAGGAAGAGGAGGAAGAGAAGGUUGAAGAGAAAAAGAAAAAAGAGGAGGAGGAAAAAGAAAAGGUGGAAAAAAAGAAGAAGGAGGAAAAAGAGAAGGUGCAAAUGCAGAAGAAGAAAGAAGAGGAAGAAAAAGAAAAAGUGGAGAAGAAGAAGAAGGAAGAAGAGAAGAUAGAGAAGAAAAAGAAGGAGGAAUUGGAGAAGGUCGAAAAGAAGGUAGAAAAGAAGGAAGAAAAAAAAGAGGACAAGAUCAAAGAAGUGUUGGGCUCUGACUCUGAAGAUGAGCCCUCUGAAGUUAGCUUCGUAGAAUCCAGCGUAGCGGAACCCAUCGUAGAUGAACCUUCGGAUUCAAUAUCAGAAACACUAACCCGAGUCGAGGAUAAACCCGCGCCCGUCGACUCAAAACCUAACGGUAUCGAUAAACCUGCAGAUUUGCAGAAGAAACUCGAAAUCAGGGAAGAGGCUAAGGUUAAUAAUGUUGAUAAAACCGAAGAGAAAAAAGUCAUUAAGAAAAAACCUGAAGAGAAAACUCCUGAAGAUAAAAAAGAUGUGGAUAAGGUCAAAAAGGUCAUUAAAAAGAAGGAGCCGAAAGACGAUUCUAAGGAUACUUCGCGCGAAACGACCCCGAAAUUAGAAAAAACUACCACUGGCACUAGAAAACAGUCUAUAAGCAGGGUCGAAGAACUUCGUACAGAAAGUCGUCGCAGUUCUCUUGUGACCACUGAGGAAGAGAUUAUAAGAGAUGGAAGCAAGACGCCAGAACGUCGUUUCUCUACGCAAAAGCAAGAGGAAGAGACGAAAACUGAGAGUCGUCGCUCUUCCACCGUUGACAAAAAAUCGGUAACUUUGAAGGUUGAGGAGCCUGUUAAGAAAAAUACCGAUGAAGUAAAAACAACCCCGAAAGAAGAAACAAAAACAAAAUCUACCCCUGUGACUAAAACUAAACCCAAAGAAGAACCGAAAGCGAAAUCAAGCAAAACUGAAGCCAAAGUUGAACCCGAAAUUGAAUCUAAAGUCGAGCCCAAAGUUGAUUCUAAAGUGGCACCCAAAACUGAAUCAAAACUUGCGCCCAAAGUUGAGCCCAAAGUUGAUUCUACAGUGGCACCUAAAACUGAAUCAAAGCUUGAGCCCAAAAUUGAGCCCAAGUCAAAGGCGGUCGAAAAACCGUCCCCGAAAGAUGAGGAGGAGAAGCCAAAAUCAACUUUGGGGAUAAAAUCGGACGUUAAACCCUCCCAAAAGGCGGAGCAAAAGUCAGAUUCGAAAGUUGGACCGGGUGAAAAUCCUGGAAAAAAAAUUUCGGAGCCGGUGAAAGACGAUGUCAAAUCAAAUUCGACACUUGGUGUUACAAAACCUGCGGAACCCAAAGAUGAACCAAAACCCAAAACGACCCUGAAUGUUAAACCCGAAGAAAAGAAAACCGAUGAGGAAACCAAGAAAUUCGGUUUUAAGGGUACCGAAAAGGCAGUGGAAGAGAAGAAGACGCUCAACAAGGUUGUGCUUAAGACAGAAGAAGCGACGCCUGAAGCUAAACCGAAACCGAAAUUUCGUAUACCACCAAAACAGGAGAUUAAAAAUGAGUCCUUCAAAGGUUUUCAACUUAAACCCGUUAAGAAAGCGUCGAAAGGUGAACAAGGUGAAAUGGGAACGAUUGACCUCAAGAAAGCUGAAAAACCAGAAAAACUUGAAGCAAAAAAAGUCAAGUCAGCAGAAAAAUCGAAAGCUUCGAGUUACGAGCUCCCUGAAAUUCCUGACUACGAGAGAGCUGUUCUGGAAAAACCUCAAGAAUUUGACUUUGGAGAUCGCACACCUCGCGAUAAAACAAAACUUGAAAGACCGACAACUCAGAAGUUCGAUUCCAAGCCAAAACUACCCGAAAUCAAGGCUCCGGAAGCGCCAAAGAUCGAAGUUAUUAAAGAUUCGACACCGAAUGCGAGCAGAAAGGGUUCCUUAGCACCUGGAAGUGGGACAAACAGUCGUCGUGGUUCUCUGAUUCCUCCUGAGGAAUUGGGACGUAGACCAAGUCUGAUCAUCAGUGACGAGGAGAAUAGGAAGCUGCGUCCUGGCGAAGUGGUGGAGGAGCGUAAGGUUGGAAAGUUACGUCCGGGCGAGGUGUUAGACGCCAAGGGUAGGAUCGGGCGUCCUGGUGAACUGCAGUCCGAUAAACAGCGUCGUCGUCCAAGUACGGACGUCAGAAGACCAAGCGUGGCGGAUCUAGAGAAUAAAAUCAAUGAACCAAGCACCCCACUGCGAGAUGUUGGACCCGGAGGACCUCCGCAAAUUGUUCACGUCGAGGAUUCCUACUCGGCCCGUGAAGAUUCAACCGCGUACCUCACCGUUCAAGUGGAAGGUAACCCGGCGCCGACGUUCAAGUUCUACAAGGGAAUAACCGAGUUGAUAGAAGGUGGUCGUUUCAAAUUUUUGACCGACGCGGAAACGAAUACUAUAACACUUUGUAUGAGGAAAGCGAAGCCGAACGAUGAAGGGACUUAUAAAAUUGUGGUCAGUAACGUUCACGGUGAAGAUUCCGCUGAGAUGCAGUUGUACGUCGGUGACGCCAGCGGCAACGAUUUUCGAGCGAUGCUCAAGCGUAGGAAAUACCAGAAAUGGGCGAAGGACGAAGGAGAUCAGGAAAAGGUCGAUCUCAAAGAAGUUGAGAAGCCAAUCCCAGCGUUGAAGAAGGUCGAAAGGAAACCUGAGUCUUUCCUGAAACCGCUCGUCGAUCAGUACGCGAAGGAGGGUAAAGACAAGAAGGUCGUCUUUGAAGCAAACUUCACAAAACCCAACUGCAAACCGAAGUGGUUUUUCAGAAAAGAUGAAUUAUUCGCCAGUGCCAAGUACAAGUUCAAAAAUGAAAAUGACUCGUACCAGCUCAUCAUCACUGGACCGAAGGUGGAUGAUACUGGAAAAUAUACGAUCGAUAUCAGCGGAGUUUCCUCUACCGGUUUUCUUACCGUCGAAGAACCUGAUCCAACGUACACUUUCGUAAAACCACUGUCGAAAAAAUCAAGCGGUUUUACACUUCACGAAACUUAUAUGGAAUGUACGGUAAAUUCCAGUAUGGCAAAGGUCACCUGGUGGAAGGGAAAGAACAAGCUCGACGACGACGAAACAUUCAGCAUAUCGAAGGACAUGUCUGGAGUUUGUCGUUUGACGAUAAAAGUUGCCAAAAUCGAAGACAGCGGAGAAUAUUGCUGUAAAAUUGAAAAACAAACCGAUAAGACUGAGACGAUCCUUACAAUAAUCGAAUAUCCGUACAAAUUCGUUAAGGUAUUGAAGCACCAACAAGCUGUAGAAAAAGAUACGAUCAAUUUACUAUGCGAAUUGGACGACGCUGCUGGUGACGUUAAAUGGUUCAAAGGAGACCAGGAAAUAAAGGCUGAUAAACGAGUACAAAUAAAGGUUGACGGACGCAAACGUAAGCUGAUUAUCAAGGAUGCCAAGGUAACGGAUGCUGGAAUGUACUCGUGUGUCAGUAACGCUGAUAAAACAGAAGCUGAAAUCGUCGUAAAUUACUUGAACCGUUUCAAUAAGAAACUCAAGGACACUGUAGCUAUAGAACGAGAAAAACUUGUACUUGACGUUGAACUUCAAGAUCAAACUGCUCCGGCCGAAUGGCUGUUCAAUGGAAAACCGAUUACACCGAGCGAAAGGGUUGAAAUAAAAAAUCUCGGUGGUGGCAAACACCAGCUGGUAUUCAACAAAGUUGAAAUGGAAGAUGACGGCGAAAUUACGUGCCAAAGUGGACAAUUGUCAAGCUCUUGUCAACUCACUGUCAAGAAAGGUGAAAGCAAACCUAUCAUUGAUGUGCCAGAUAAAAUCGAAGGACCUUGUAGCGCACCGAUCACCUUCAUCGUGCCCUUUAAAAUUGAUGGUACCAAACAGACACCUGUUGAAGCUAAACUUCUGAAGGACGGCAAGGCGCUGCCAUUGAAGGACGUUGAAAUAAUCGUUGGCGAGGACAAGAUAACUUAUAAAAUAAAGAAACCCCAGCGUGAUCAGUCGGGAAUUUAUCAAUUGAAAAUUGGAAAUGGACAAGGAGAGGAGGUCAAGGACGUGAACAUCAACAUGCAAGACGUUCCAUCACCUCCAACCGACGUCGACGUCAAAGAUGUCUUCCAAAGUUCAUGUGUCGUCAGUUUUAAACCAUCAAAAGAGGACGGUGGUUCUCCGAUAACAAAAUAUGUUAUCGAACGUUUGGAUCUUAGUCUCAAGUCGCAAUGGGCAAAUGUGGGUGAAGUUUUACCUGGUGAAAAAUGUGUCUACAAGGUCGAAGACCUUGUUCCCAAAAAGGAAUACAAAUUCCGUAUACUCGCCGUAAACAAGCUUGGACCGAGCGAACCGGCAAAUUUCGCAAAACCAAUUCUUGCCAAAGAUCCAUGGGAUGAGCCCGGUAAACCUGGAAAUGUUGAGGUCGUUGAUUGGGACAAGGAUCACGCCGAUCUGACAUGGACGAAACCCGAGAGCGAUGGAGGAGCGCCGAUAACUGGAUACGUUAUCGAGUACAAAGAGAAAUUCGGCAAAGAAUGGGUCAAGGGUAAGGAAAUCGAAGGGGAUGUGACAAAAGCGACGAUCGAUGGGCUGAAAGAAGGAACACAAUACGAGUUCAGAAUUCGAGCUGUUAAUAAGGCUGGACCUGGUGAACCUUCGGAUGCAACAAAACCGAUAACGGCUAAGUCACGUUUUGUAAAACCUUAUAUUAUUGGCGAUCAGUUGACAAACCUGAUAGUGAAAAAGGGACAGGUAAUUAAGUAUGACAUCAAAUACGGCGGUGAACCAGAACCCGAAGUUCAUUGGUUCUUGGGAGACAAAGAACUUGUACAAGAUGCAGCAGAAAGAUUGACCAUCGAUAAGUAUGAAAGAAACACCGUCCUCACUGUGAGAAAAACAACAAGACCUGAUUCUGGAAAGUACAAGCUUGUUCUUACAAACGGAUCUGGAACGUGCGAAAGCAUUGCCGACGUUGUUGUUCUUGAUAAACCAGCUGCGCCAAAGGGUCCUCUGAAGGUGGAGGAAGUACGUUCGGAUCACGUGAAGGUCAAAUGGGACAAACCACCGGACAACGGUGGUUCAGAUAUCACUGGUUAUGUCUUGGAAAAAAUGGACAUGGAAACUGGCCGGUGGAUUCCAGCUGGCGAAGUUGGACCCGAUAAAGAUAGUUUCACUUUCCAAGGUUUGACCCCGAAGAAAAAAUACAAGUUCCGCGUCAAGGCCGUCAACAAAGAGGGAGAAUCCGAACCACUCGAAACCGAGGAGGGCAUCGUUGCCAAAAAUCCUUACGACGAACCUGGACGUCCCGGAAAGCCGGAGAUUGCCGACUACGACAACGUGAGCGUGACUCUAAAAUGGGCAAAACCCGAAACCGAUGGAGGCCGCAGCAUCACCCAUUACACCGUUGAAAUGAAGGACAAAUUUGCGAUCGAUUGGACCGAAGUACUGAAGACUCCGGAUGCCAAUCCGGAAGCCAAGGUCGAAGGACUUAAAGAGAAAAUGGUUUACCAAUUCCGAGUCAGAGCGCACAACAAGGCUGGUGCUUCGGAACCAAGCGAACCGACCGACAAUCAUUUAUGCAAGCACAGAAACUUGAAGCCACGCAUCGACCGUACGAACCUGAAAUCGGUAAUAAUAAAAGCGGGACGUUCGCACAAGUGGUCAGCGGACAUAAUAGGCGAACCUCCACCAGAAGUGAAAUGGAUAUGGAGAGAUAAUAUCCCACUGACGAAUACCGAGAGAAUUAAAAUCGAAAAUGUCGAUUAUCACACUGAUUUCAGCAUCAUAAACGCCGUGAGAAAAGACACAGGAAAAUACACGGUCAUCGCAGAAAACGCCAACGGAAAAGACGAAGAGUCCGUAGAACUCACGGUGCUCUCAAAACCGAGUGCACCGAAAGGUCCGUUGGAAGUUUCCGACGUAACGAAUACGACGGCAAAAUUGAAAUGGCAAAAACCGGAAGACGACGGAGGUUCACCUAUAAAGGAAUACGAAGUUGAAAAAAUGGAUACGAAGACAGGAAAGUGGAUAAGAGUUGGUAAAGUUCCGGGAAACGUUGCCAGCCCAGAAAUUGACGUAACAGGUCUGAAUCCCGGGAGUGAAUACAAGUUCAGGGUAUCAGCGAUAAACGACGAAGGUGAUUCCGAACCACUGGAAACCGAGAAGGGAAUAAUCGCCAAGAAUCCGUUCGACGAACCCCUGAAGCCUGGAACCCCAGAAAUCACGGACUACGACAACGAAUCAGUCUCCUUGAAAUGGACGGCACCGGCAUCGGACGGAGGUGCACCGAUCGAAAAAUACAUAAUCGAAAAGAAGGACAGGUACAAGCCGGAUUGGGAAAAAGCAAUAGAAGUACCGGCAACUGAACUUCAAGGAAAAGUACCUGACCUCAAAGAACGUGGCGAAUAUCAGUUCAGGGUCAUCGCUGUAAACAAGGCUGGACCAUCCCCACCUUCGGACGCUUCGAAAAUGCAAGUUUGCAAACACAAAGCCCUGAAACCAAGAAUCGACCGCACAAACUUGAAGCCGAUAAUCGUGCGUGCCGGUAAAAUGAUAAAAUACGAUAUUGAUGUGCGCGGUGAACCGCCACCAGAGAUAACUUGGACUCACGUCAAGACGGAAUUGAAAUCAGGCGGAAACGUUGACAUAACUAACGUUGAUUACAACACGAAAUUAACCAUAACGGAUGCCGUGAGGAAAAACACGGGACUCUACAAAAUCCUAGCGGUCAACGCACACGGCCAAGAUGAAGCGGAAGUCGAAGUCACCGUGCUCUCUGCCCCUGGACAGCCGAAAGGUCCUCUCAAGGUCUCUGACGUUACGAAGACCGGCUGCAAAGUGAAAUGGGAAAAACCUGAAGACGAUGGUGGAAAACCGAUAACUGGAUACCUCGUAGAAAAAUUGGACAAAGCAACCGGUCGUUGGGUUCCAGUUGGAAGAACUACCGAACCCGAACUUGAGAUCAAGGGUCUGCAGGACGGUCACGAGUACGAAUUCAGGGUCAAAGCUCUCAACGAAGAGGGAGAAUCCGAACCGUUGGUAACGGACGGUUCGAUAAUCGCGAAGAAUCCAUAUGACGUCUCCGGAAAGCCUGGUACUCCAGAGUUCGAAGACUGGGACGUCGACCGCGUUGACCUCAAGUGGGAACCUCCGAAGAACAAUGGCGGCGCACCGAUUACCGGUUACAUCAUAGAAAAGAAGGAAAAAUUGAAGGGCACCUGGGAAGAAGCUCUGGUCACAAAAACUCCAGAUUGCAAAGGUCGCGUUCCCGAUUUGAAAGAAGGAUCUACCUACCAAUUCAGGGUACGCGCCGUCAACAAGGCUGGUCCUUCCGAUCCCAGCGAACCAACUAAACCGCACAUCGCGAAGGCCAGAUACCUGAAGCCGCACAUCAACCGUGAGAAGUUGAACAAGGUGAAAGUACGCGCCGGUCAAUUGGUCAAGUUCGACGUCGACAUCAAGGGCGAACCGCCACCAACCGUUACUUGGAGUUUCAAGGGUAAAGUUCUCGAAACUUCUCCAAGCUACAAAAUCGAGAACGAAGAUUACAACAGCAAAAUUCAGCUUCUCGCAACGACUCGCAAAGACACCGGGAAGUACACGAUCAAGGCCGUCAACGACUCUGGAGAGGAUGAGGCCGAUGUCGAAGUCAUUAUCCUCGACAAACCUGGAAAACCGGAAGGUCCCCUUGAAGUAUGCGACGUGCACAAGGAGGGAUGCAAAUUGAAGUGGUCCAAACCGAAGGACGACGGUGGUCUUCCUCUGUCGAGUUACCUCGUCGAGAAAAUGGACGUGACAACGGGACGUUGGAUCCCAGCUGGAAUCGUGGACCCUGACAAAACCGAGCACACGAUAACCGGUUUGGAACCAGGAAAGAAAUACGAAUUCCGUGUGAAGGCCGUCAACGAAGAAGGCGAAUCGGAACCCCUCCAGACCGACACGGCGAUCAUCGCCAAAAAUCCAUUCGACGCCCCAGCGCCGCCCGGUCUUCCGGAGAUCGUCGACUGGUCGGAGAACAUGGUGAAGUUGAAGUGGGAACCACCUAUGCGAGACGGAGGUGCUCCGAUAACGGGAUACGUUGUAGAAAUGAAAGAUAAAUUCGGAACGACCUUCACAAAGGCGUUGGAAACGGACGGACCGACUUGUACCGCGACUGUACCAAAACUCGAAGAGGGCAAUCAAUACCAGUUCAGAAUAAGAGCCGUGAACAAAGCUGGUCCCGGUGAACCAAGCGAAGCGACAAAUCCUCACACGGCGAAACCUCGCUGGUUAAAACCGCACAUCGAUCGAACGAACUUACAACCGGUAAUGGUAAAGGCUGGACUCACCGUGUCUUUGGAUGUUAAUAUAACCGGAGAACCAGCACCGACUGUCACCUGGUAUUACGGCAAUGAGGAAGUGAAAACUGGCGAUCAAAUACGCAUCGAUAACAUCGAUCAUAAUUCGAAAUUCCUUAUCCUAAAAUCGAAACGUGGACAUACCGGAAAAUACACGAUCACAGCGAAGAACGACGUCGGCGAAGAUACGGCUGAAGUGGAGAUAACGGUGCUCGGAAAGCCUUCGAAACCAGAGGGACCCCUCGAAGUUUCGGACGUCACGAAGCACGGAUGUAAAUUGAAAUGGAAGAAACCAGAAGACGACGGUGGCACUCCGGUCGAGUACUACGAAAUUGAAAAACUUGACCCGCUUACUGGACAGUGGAUAUCGUGCGGAAGGGCCACCGAACCAGAAGCUAAUAUCACUGGACUCCAGGAAGGCAAACCGUACAAGUUCAGGGUCAAGGCUGUCAACAAAGAGGGACAGUCCGACGAUCUUGAGACCUUGAAGCCGAUCAUAGCGAAAAAUCCAUUCGACGAACCAGGAAAACCGGGUCGUCCAGAGCUGAAGAAUUGGGAUCGAGACUUUGUGGAGCUGGAAUGGAGGCCUCCGUCGAACGAUGGCGGAGCCCCGAUCGAAAAAUACAUUGUCCAGAUGCGCGACAAGGACGGAAGACAAUGGGUCGACGCUGCUACCGUACCCGGAGAUCGCCCAGCCGCCAAGGUCACCAACGGUAUACAAGAGGGUCACGAAUACGAGUUCAGAGUUGUCGCUGUAAACAAAGCCGGACCGGGCGAGCCCAGCGACACUUCGAAGAGCAUCGUUGCCAAGCCAAGAUUCCUGGCCCCGCACAUCGACCGUAAGAAUUUGAAGAAAAAGACGAUGCGAGCUGGUCAACUUUUGCGCAUCGAAGCCGACGUUCAAGGUGAACCCGCCCCGACGGUGACGUGGACUCUGAGAGACGCACCGCUGUCCAACACGGAUCGUUUGAAAAUCGACAACGAGGAUUACCACACGACCUUCGUUAUGACGAAACUGAAGCGCACGGACACCGGAACUUACACGGUUAUGGCAAAGAACGACAGUGGAAAGGAUCAAGUUGACGUUGAGAUCGAGGUGAUUAGCAAGCCGGGUAAGCCCAAAGGUCCGUUGAACGUAUCCGAAGUUACUGCCGAGGGAUGUAAAUUGAAGUGGCAAAAGCCCGAAGACGACGGGGGUGAGCCCGUCGAUCAUUACGUCGUGGAGCGAAUGGACACUGAAUCUGGUCGUUGGGUACCAUGUGGAGUCAGCAAAACACCCGAAGCCGAUAUCACGGGUCUGAACGAAGGAAAAGAUUAUCUUUUCCGUGUGAAGGCGGUUAACGCUGAAGGAGAAUCCGAACCACUGGAAACAACGAUUCCAACGACCGCGAAGAACCCCUUCACUGCACCCGACGCUCCUGGAAGACCGGAACUGAAAGAUUGGAACAAGAAUCACGUGGAUUUGAAAUGGGCUGCUCCGAACAACGACGGUGGUGCUCCGAUCGAGAAAUACAUAAUCGAAAAGAAGGACCAAUACGGAAAGUGGGUGAAAGCUGCCGAAGUUCCGGGUACCCAGAGAGAAGGUAAAGUCGACCUUAUCGAAGGUCAAAAGUAUCAAUUCAGGGUCAAGGCCGUGAACAAAGGAGGUCAAAGCAAGCCAAGCGAUGCCAGUGACACUUUGAUCGCAAAGGAUCGUUUUGCGGUGCCAAAGAUCGACCGGACAAACCUGAAGGACCUCACGAUAAAGGCGGGAAAUCAUAUAAAACUCGAUGUCAAGGUCAGCGGUGAACCACCUCCAACGAAAACGUGGUUCCUGAAAAAAUCGAAGGUCGAAGAUGGCGAGAACGGCAUCGCUAUAGACUUCGAAGAUUACAGAACAAAGUUUGUCGUCGGUUCUGCUACCAGAGCGCAUUGUGGUACACUGACUUUGAAGGCGGAGAACUCCUCGGGAAAAGACGAAGCUUCUAUAGAAGUUUUGAUUCUCGAUAAACCAGGUAAACCCGAAGGUCCUCUCAAGGUUUCCGAUGUCCACAAAGAAGGCUGCAGUCUCAAAUGGCAACCUCCACUCGACGACGGUGGUACUCCGAUCGACCAUUACACCGUUGAGAAAAUGGACACCGACACUGGCCGAUGGAUACCAGUUGGAAGAACUUACGAACCAAAAAUGACCAUCGAGAAUCUUGUGCCCGGUCAGGAGUACAAGUUCAGAGUGGCCGCUGUCAAUGCCGAAGGAGAAUCUCUUCCACUUGAAACCGAACAUGGCAUCAUCGCCAAGAAUCCAUUUGACGAACCUGGUGCACCUGGUCGUCCGGAGGCGACAGACUGGGACAAAGAUCACGUAGAUCUGAGAUGGACUCCGCCAACUAAAGAUGGCGGAUCUCCAAUCACUGGCUACCUGAUAGAAAAGCGAGAAAAGGGAACUGGUCGUUGGUUGAAGGCCGCAGAAAUACACGAGCCCGAUUGCAAGGGACGCGCUGACAACCUCGACGAAGGUGUAGAGUACGAAUUCCGAGUCAAGGCCAUCAAUGCUGCGGGACCUGGUGAACCUUCCGACGCGAGCAAAUCGGUCAUAGCGAAACCCAGGAGACUGGCCCCGAAGAUCGACAGACGCAAUUUGCGAAACCUGACGAUCCGCGAGGGAGAACCGAUCUUCUUUGACGUGAAAAUCAGCGGAGAGCCAGCGCCGGAAGUCGAGUGGGUUUUGAAUAACAAAAAAAUACAAUACAGCCACUCACGCAGGGUCGAAGACGUUCCCUACAAUACCAAAUUCUACAACGACAAACCCGAACGCAAGGACACUGGAACUUACAAGAUAACUGCCGUUAAUCCGUACGGUUCCGAUACCGCGGAAGUUGAGGUCACAGUAAUUUCAAAGCCCAGCAAGCCUGAAGGACCUCUGGAAGUCUCCGAUGUCCACAAGGAUGGCUGUACUUUGAAAUGGAAAAAGCCAAAGGACGAUGGUGGAGAACCGAUCGAAGGAUACUUGGUGGAGAAGUUUGAUCCAGAUACAGGACUCUGGCUACCAGUUGGUAAGACGAUGGGCCCGGAAAUGAAGGUCGAAGGACUUAUUCCCGGACACGAAUACAAAUUCCGUGUCAAGGCCAUCAACAAGGAGGGAGAAUCCGAACCGCUCGAAACCUUGGGAUCCAUAGUGGCCAAGGAUCCGUUCACCGUUCCUGCUGCGCCUGGUGCUCCUGAGCCUGUUGAUUGGACGGCAAACCAAGUCGAACUCGUUUGGAAAGAACCGGUCAGCAAUGGAGGUUCCCCUAUCACAGGGUACAUAAUCGAAAAGAAAGACAAAUACAGCACAAUGUGGGAAAAGGCGCUCGAAACGAGCUCUCCGACCCCUCAAGCUUUGGUGACCGGGUUGAUCGAAGGCAAUGAUUAUCAAUUCCGAGUCCUCGCUGUCAACAAGGCUGGCCAAUCUGAACCUGGAGAUGCAAGCAAGACCUUCACCGCAAAACCUCGUUACUUGGCUCCGAAGAUCGAUCGCCGCAAUCUGCGGGACAUAACUUUAUCCGCCGGUGCAUCCCUGAAAUUCGAUGCCAACGUAAUCGGUGAGCCACCUCCACACAUCGAAUGGCGUUGCGGUGCGAUGCCAUUGUACACCGGAAAGAACGUUCUGGUCGACAAUUCGGAUUACAACACGAAACUGACGAUCAGACCCGUUCAGCGUGGCGAUACCGGGGAGUACACGGUGACCGCUAGCAACAACUCCGGUAGAGAUCACGUCACCGUCAACGUCGUCGUGACCGACAAACCAACGCCACCCGAAGGACCUCUUCAAGUGUCGGACGUCCACAAAGAGGGGUGCAAACUCAAGUGGAAACGACCCAUCGACGACGGCGGUGUACCCAUCGAGUAUUACCAGGUCGACAAAAUGGAUCCGGAAACCGGAUGCUGGGUGCCUUGCGGACGGUCCGCAGAACCUGCAUUCGAGGUCACGGGACUGGUGCCCGGAAAAGAAUACAAGUUCCGAGUGGCGGCAGUUAAUUCCGAAGGUGAAUCCGAACCGUUGGUAACGGAACAGGCCAUCCUGGCGAAGAAUCCGUUCGACGAGCCAGGUAAACCGGGAAGUCUUCAAGCGACUGACUGGGACAAGGAUCACGUGGACUUGAAAUGGAAACCGCCAACGAACGACGGUGGUUCUCCGAUAACAGGCUACAUAGUCGAGAAGAAGGAUAAGUACGGCGAGUGGGAGAAGGCGUUGGAAGUACCGGCGGACCAGACGACCGCCACGGUUCCAGAUCUCAUCGAAGGUCAACCGUACGAAUUCCGGGUACGCGCCGUCAACAAAGCGGGACCCGGAGAACCCUCGGAUGCCACGCCGACUAUAAUAGCGAAGCCGCGUAAUCUCGCGCCGAAGAUCGACCGCGCGAAUCUCAUAGAUUUGAGGAUAAAGGCUGGACAAAACUUUUCGUACGACGCGAAAGUCACGGGAGAACCGACGCCGACCACCAAAUGGAUACUUCACGGCAAGGAGGUCAGACCGUCGGACAGGGUGAAAGUCAAACAAGUCGAUUACGCGACCGGCAUCAACGUCAGGAUGGCGACCAGGGCGGAAUCUGGCAAGUACACGAUAACAGCUGAGAAUAUCAAUGGAAAGGACAUCGCGUACGUCGAAGUGACGGUGCUCGACAAACCGAGCGCACCCGAGGGACCCCUCAAAGUUUCCGACAUCCACGCCGAGGGAUGUAAAUUGUCGUGGAAAGAGCCCGAAGACGACGGUGGACAACCGAUAGAAAAAUACGUCGUUGAAAAAAUGGACGAAGCCACGGGUCGGUGGGUACCAGCUGGCGAAACCGACGGGCCUUCGACAUCCAUCGAUGUCGAAGGGCUCACUCCUGGGCACAAAUACAAAUUCAGGGUAAGAGCGGUCAACAAACAAGGUAAAUCCGAACCGCUGACCGCCGCACAGAGCAUCGAGGCUAAGAAUCCAUUCGAUGAACCGAGCAAGCCUGGCACCCCAACGAUCAGAGACUACGACAGAGAUUUCGUUGAUCUUCAAUGGGAGAGGCCCAAGGGAGAUGGAGGUUCUCCGAUAACUGGCUAUGUCAUCGAAAAACGCGACAAGUUCAGUCCGAAUUGGGAGAAAUGCGCGGAAAUCGAGGGUGACGUUAAUCGAGGUAAGGUCAACGACCUGGUCGAAGGAACGCCCUACGAAUUCCGCGUUCGAGCGGUCAACAAAGCCGGACCAGGCGAACCGUCGGAUGCCACGAAACCGCACAUCGCGCGUCCCAAGAACCUGGCGCCGAAGAUCGACCGCACUUUCCUGUUGGACAUCAAGGUACGCGCCGGAGGUCUCUUCGACUUCGACGUGCCGGUGAUCGGUGAGCCUCCUCCAUCGAAGGAGUGGUCUCUGCGGGGAGAUUCGUUGGCGAGUCACAACCGGGUGAAAAUUGUCAACGAGGACUACAACACGAAGUUGCGCCUGGUGGACGCGAAACGUUCGGAUUCGGGUCUGUACACAUUGACGGCUCGUAACAUCAACGGAAAGGACGUGGCUACCGUGAACGUUACGGUGCUGGACGUACCUUUGCCGCCGGAGGGCCCGAUGCGCAUCGACAACGUUACCAAAAACGGUUGCAACCUCGCCUGGAGGGCGCCGAAGGACGACGGUGGAUCGGAGAUCCUCUAUUACGCGGUUGAAAAAAUGGACGCCGAAUCUAUGCGUUGGGUGCCGGUAGGAGACGCGCCGACUACCAACAUCAGGGUCGAUCACCUCAUCGAAGGUCACGAUUACAACUUCCGCGUACGAGCCGUGAACAAACAAGGCGAAUCGACUCCGCUGACCGCCCAAGAAGCGGUCACCGCCAAGGAUCCCUUCGCCAAACCCGACAAACCUGGAACGCCGGUGGCCACCGACUGGGACAAGGAUCACGUCGAUCUCGAAUGGACCGCGCCCAAGAGGGACGGCGGUUCACCGAUAACCGGUUACAUAAUCGAAAAACGUCCGCGUUUCGGACAGUGGGAGAAAGCCGUGGAGAUACCCGGCAACAAGACGAAAGGAACGGUGCCGGAUUUGACCGAGGGUCAGGAGUACGAGUUCCGAGUGAUCGCCGUGAACAAAGGGGGUCAAGGUGAGCCGUCGGAGGCGUCGCUGCCGAUAGUGGCCAAGCCGCGUUUCGUGGCGCCUUCGUUCGAGAAGCACCUUCUGAACGACCUCGUGGUCCGCGCGGGACAGAAAAUCGCCUGGGACAUCCCCCUAGAAUCGUCGCCGAAACCGUUCGCCAAAUGGUCGGUGAACGGAAAACCGUUGAAGGCCGACGCUAGACACGACAUGUUCACGUCCGCCACGAACACCACCUUCGAAAUACCGUUCGCGGCGCGUUCCGACACGGGAAAGUACACGCUGACGCUCGAGAACGACCUGGGGACGUGCAGCGCCACGGCUAACGUGACCGUGCUCGACAAACCGUCACCACCGGAGAAACCGCUGAUCGUCGACGGAGUUACCAAAGAGAGUUGCCAACUCUCGUGGAGGCCGCCGCUCGACGACGGCGGCAGUCCCGUGCUCCACUACGUCGUGGAGAAAAUGGAUCUGUCGAGGGGUACGUGGACGGACGCCGGUAUGAGCCCAACCUUGAACCACGACGUGACGAGGCUAGUCCACAGGAAGGAAUACCUGUUCAGGGUGAAGGCCGUGAACGCCAUCGGUGAAUCGGAGCCCCUCGAAACCGCCAAGAGCAUCGUAGCCAAGAACGAGUUCGACGAACCGGACGCGCCCGGCAAACCCUCCGUCAAGGACUGGGACAAGGAUCACGUGGACAUUGAAUGGACGCCGCCUAAGAACAACGGCGGUUCGCCCAUCACCGGUUACAUAAUCCAGAAGAAGGAGAAGGGCAGCCCCUACUGGUCGAACGCCGUCCACGUUCCGCCCGGUCAGACGGACGCCACGGUGCCCGACCUUCAGGAGGGUCAGGAGUACGAGUUCAGGGUAAUAGCGGUGAACACCGCCGGACAAUCGGAACCCUCGGAACCGAGCGACGCCGUCACAGCGAAGGCCAGAUACCUCGCGCCGAAGAUAAAGACCCCGCUGCAGGACAUCAGGAUCAAAGCCGGUCUCAUUUUCCACAUCGACGUCGAUUUCGUCGGCGAACCGGCUCCGGAUGUCACGUGGACCGUGGCGGGCCGUCCGCUGGUCACGAACGAACGGACGACCGUGACCUCCAUAGGGUAUCACACCAUAGUCCACACGGUGGACGCGAAGAGGACCGACUCCGGUCUCUACCACAUCCGCCUGGAGAACGGCAGCGGCAAGGACGAGGGCAGCUUCCAACUGACGGUGUUGGACAGACCCGGGCCGCCGGGAGGACCCCUCGAGUACGAGGAGAUCACCAACCAGUCGGUGACCCUCUCCUGGAAGGCGCCCACGGACAACGGCGGCAGCGAAAUCACGGGUUACGUUAUCGAGAAACGCGAUCUCACCCACGGAGGCGGUUGGGUACCGGCGGUGACUUACGUCAACCCGCGAAACACCCACGCGACCGUACCGAGGCUCCUGGAAGGUACUAAGUACGAGUUCCGCGUCUCCGCCGAGAAUCUCCAGGGUCGCAGCGAUCCGUUGACCACGGAGAACCCGGUGGUGGCCAAGAACCAGUUCGUGGUACCGGGACAACCGGGAACGCCCGAGUGCCUCGACGCCGACAAGGACCACGUCAAGAUCAGGUGGACGCCGCCGAUCAGCAACGGGGGCUCGCCGAUCGUCGGCUACGACGUCGAGAGGCGGGACCGGGCGACCGGAAGGUGGCUGAAGAUAAGCAAGGAACCGGUGAGGGGCGUCGAGUUCCUCGACAACCACGUCACCGAGGGCCACCAGUACGAGUACAGAGUGUCGGCGGUGAACGCCGCGGGCGCCGGUAAACCGAGCGACACGUCGUCCGCGUUCACGGCCCGACCGAUGAAAGAGAAGCCCAAGUUACACCUGGACGCCCUGAUAGGACGCAAGAUCAAGGUGAGAGCCGGCGAGCCGAUAAACGCGAACAUACCGUUGUCGGGAGUCCCGACGCCGGCCGUUAGCUGGACGAAGAACGGCGGCAGACUACCCGACUCCGGUCGCAUAUCCACGGAGACGAAGAGCGACAGGACGUCGCUGCUGGUGGAGCGAUCGGUCCGGGACGACGCCGGUAAGUACACGGUGAGCGCGGAGAACGAGCACGGAAAGGACGCCGCGGACAUCGAGGUGAUCGUCGUCGACAAGCCGGGCGUACCGAAGGGUCCCCUGCAGUACACGGGUACCACCCACGACACGGUGUCCCUGUCGUGGUCGCCGCCGACGGACAACGGGGGCUCGGAGAUCACCGGCUACAUCGUGGAGAUCGCCGACUACGGGUCGGAUAACUGGCGUCAAGUUCCGGGCUAUUGCACGCAGACGAGUUUCACCGCCAAGGGACUCAGCGAGGGUAAACGUUACGUGUUCAGGGUGCGCGCCGAGAAUCUAUACGGCGUUUCCGAACCGCUCGACGGCAAACCGGUCGUAGCGAAGAGCCCGUUCGACCCGCCGGACGCUCCCGGACAACCGGAGGUCACCGGUUACACGCCGAACACCUGCAGCCUGGUGUGGGAGCCGCCGACGAACACGGGGGGCAAGCCGAUCAGCGGUUACUACGUGGAGAAACGGGAGCGGGGCGGCGAGUGGCUCAAGGUUAACAAUUAUCCGACGCCGAACGCGUCGUUCACCGUGCAGGACCUGCGCGAGGGUGGACGCUACGAGUUCAGGGUGGUGGCGGUGAACGAGGCGGGACCGGGUAGACCGAGCAAACCGACGGAGCCGAUAACCGCGGGCCAUCAGCGGAGGCGACCGGAGGCCCCCGAGCCCCCGAAGCCCGACAGGAUCACCAAGGACUCGGUGACGCUGUCGUGGAGGCCGCCUAGGAGCGACGGAGGCGCGAAGAUCCGCGGCUACGUGGUCCAGAAGAAGGCGAAGGGCGACGAGGACUGGUCGGACGUGAACGGGGUACCGGUCUCGGCCACGGUGUUCACCGUGCCCAAGUUGACGGAGGGCGAGGAGUACCAGUUCAGGGUGAUCGCGGUCAACGACGUCGGUUACAGCGAGCCGAGUCGACCGAGCAACGGCGUCCUGAUGGAGGAGCAGCCGAACAAACCCGUGAUGGACCUCGGAGGGGUGAGGGACAUCACGGUGCGAGCCGGCGAAGAUUUCUCCAUCCACGUGCCGUACGUGGGAUUCCCGAAACCGAGCGCCACCUGGUUCGCCAACGACACCGUCAAGGACGAAUCGGAUCCGCGCGUUCACCAGCAACUGGGCGACGAUUACGCCAGUUUCGUCGUCAAGAAUUCGAAACGAUCCGACUGCGGCCAGUACAGACUGCAACUGCGCAAUCCGUCGGGUUUCGACACCGCCACCGUCCACGUCAAGGUCCUGGACAGGCCGUCGCCGCCCGAACAUCUGCGGGCCGACGAGUUCGCCGGCGACGCUCUGACGCUCUACUGGAACCCGCCGAAGGACAACGGCGGUGCCGACGUGACGAAUUACGUGAUCGAGAAACGAGAACCGCGUUCGCCCACGUGGUCGAAGGUGAGCAGUUACGUGACGACGCCGUUCGUCAGGGUGAGAAAUCUGACGAUCGGCAAGGAGUACGAGUUCCGGGUGAUGGCGGAGAACCAGUACGGCACGUCCGACCCGGUUACCACCGUGGAUCCCAUCCGCGCGCGACAUCCGUUCGAUCCGCCGGCGGCCCCCGGGACCCCGAGGGGCGUCGACUCCUCCGAGGACACCAUCACGAUAUCGUGGACGAAACCGCGACACGACGGCGGAUCCCCGAUCACCGAUUACGUGGUGGAGAAGCGGCUGGUGGGCGAGGACAAAUGGGUGAAGGCCACCCAGACUCACGUGCCGGACACCACUUACAAGGUCCUGAACCUCAUAGAAAACCACGACUACGAGUUCCGGGUGGCGGCCGUAAACGCCGCGGGACAGGGACCCUGGAGUUCCGGAUCGGACGCGAUCAGGGCCAGCGCUCCCUCCUGCGCUCCGAAGAUAACGAGCGACCUGAGCAUACGGGACAUGACGGUGAUUGCCGGCGAACCGUUCACGAUCACGGUGCCGUUCGUGGCGAACCCGAAACCGAAACCCACCUGGACGAUAAACGGGGAGGAGGUGCUCACCGGCGACAGGAUAAAGUUCGACACCACGUCGGUCGCCUCGCAGUACCUGAACAAGAAGGCGAAGAGAUCCGACACCGGCAACUACACCAUACAUCUGACGAACAACGUCGGCUCGGACUCGGCCUCCUGCAAAGUACUCGUCGUCGACAGACCGUCGCCACCGCAGGGUCCCCUCGACAUAUCGGACAUCACCCCGGAGAACUGCACGUUGUCGUGGCGCGUGCCCUUCGACGACGGCGGAUCCCCGAUCACCAAUUACGUCGUAGAGAAACUCGACUACAACGGACUGUGGGUGAAACUGAGCAGCUUCGUGCGGAGCACCCAUUACGACGUGAUCGGCCUAGAGCCCAACAGGAAGUACAACUUCAGGGUGCGGGCGGAGAACCAGUACGGCGUUUCCGAGCCGCUGGAGGCCGACGAGUCGAUCGUGUCCAAAUUCCCGUUCACCGUACCGGAUCCACCGGGUCAGCCGAGGGUCAGCGACUGGGACACGAGCAACGUCACCCUGAAUUGGAACCGGCCGCGAUCGGACGGCGGCUCACGCAUCCAGGGGUACAGGGUGGAGUUCCGGGACCCCGCGGACGAGCCCAGUUGGCGCGUGGCCAACGAUUACCUCUGCAAGGACACCGGCUACGUGUGCUACAAUCUACUGAGCGGUCACGAGUACGAGUUCCGCGUUCGCGCGAAGAACGCCGCCGGAUGGAGCAAGCCGAGUCCCACCUCGUCGGCGUUCAGACUGAAGAGCAAAUUCAACGUGCCGACGUCCCCGAGGACGCCGCAGGUCGUCAAGGUGGGCAAGAACUACGCGGACCUCAGGUGGGAGGCGCCGGUCUCGGACGGCGGGAGCCGCCUCACCGGCUACGUCGUGGAGAAACGGGAGGUGGGUUCGGCCAUGUGGAUAAAGUGCAACGACUACAACGUCAUGGACACGGAGUACACGGUCCUACAUCUGAUCGAACGCGGGGACUACGAGUUCAGGAUAUUCGCGGUGAACGCCGCCGGUAAAUCGGAACCCUCCUCCUGCACGACACCGGUGAAGAUAUGCGAGGUCGAAGGAGGUCGUAAGCCGGAAUUCUCGCGACCCCUCGCCACCCAGGGAACGCCGCUGGGCAAGACCCACGUGUUCGAGUGCGAGGCCGCGGGUAAACCGGAGCCGGUCGCCAGGUGGCUGAAGAACGGCAGGGAGAUAACCGUCGGCGGUAGAUUCAGGACCGAGUCGUUCAACGGAGUGUUCAGACUGGUGAUCACCGAGGUGACGGAGGCCGACGAGGGCGACUACAGCUGCCAGGCGUCGAACCCCCUCGGAACGGCGACGACCACCGCCAGGCUGAAGAUCGGCACGCCGCCGAGGAUCGAGCGGAUGCCGGGUGACCUCUACCUGCCCGAGGGCGACAACACCAAGAUAAAGAUCCACUACAGCGGCGACCAGCCGCUGGACGUCGCCCUCACCAAGGACGGAUCGAAGAUACACGAGUCCGUCCGCGUCAAGUACACCGUGUUCGACGACUACCUGAUCAUAUUCAUCAAGGACGUGGUCAAGGACGACGCCGGUGUAUACAACCUCACCAUAAAGAACGACAGCGGUAGCGUGAGCGGCGCGUUCACCGUCUACAUCACGGGACUGCCGGGUCCCCCGAUCGGACCCCUCGAGGUCUCCGACAUCAACAAACACACCUGCACCCUCAACUGGCACCCGCCCAAGUACGACGGAAGCCUGAAGAUCACCCACUACGUCGUGGAGCGUCGCGACCUCAGCCACACCCACUGGAUAAUAGUGUCGUCGUUCUGCAAGGACACGACCUUCACCGUCCAAGGGCUCACCGAGGGUCAGGAGUACCUGUUCCGCGUGAUGGCGGUGAACGACAACGGUAUGGGACCGCCGCUGGAGGGAACCAACCCCGUCAGGGCGAAGGCUCCGUUCGACCCGCCCUCGGCGCCGGGCAAGCCGAAGGUCCUCGAAAUCGGGGGCGACUUCGUCAACCUGUCGUGGGAUAAGCCGGAGAGCGACGGCGGUUCCCGCGUCCAAGGUUAUUGGAUCGACAAGCGCGAGGUGGGGGGAGAGGCGUGGCAGAGGGUGAACGUUUCCAUCAGCCUCACCAACCAGGUGAACGUGACGAACCUCAUCGAGGGCAGGCAGUACGAGUUCAGGGUGUUCGCGCAGAACGAGGCCGGUCUCGGCCCGGAGUCGAGCGCCUCGACGUCCGUGAAGAUCAAGGACCCGCAGGAGGCGACUCCGCCCGAGAUCGUGAAACCCCUGCGGAACCAGAAUUGCAUACAGAAUCACAACGCCCACUUCCAGUGCACGGUGACCGGCACGCCGAAGCCCACGAUCACCUGGUUCAAGGGCGCCAGGGAGAUAUCGAACGGAUGCCGCUACCGCAUCUACACCGAAGCGGACGUCUGCAACCUGGUGAUCCACGACGUGUUCGGCGAGGACGCCGACGAGUACAUGUGCCGCGCUUCGAACAAGGGCGGCGUGAAAUCCACCAAGGGCGAACUGUUCAUAAUGACCGCGCCGAAGCUGAACGUGCCGCCCAGAUUCCGGGACACGGCGUUCUUCGACAAGGGCGAGAACGUCGUGAUAAAGAUACCGUUCACCGGCUACCCCAAGCCCAAGAUAUCCUGGGUGAGGGAAGGCGAGACGAUCGAGGCCGGAGGUCACUACGCGGUAGAGGUGAAGGAGAGGCACGCCGUACUGACCAUCAGAGACGGCAGCAAACUGGACUCAGGACCGUACCGAAUAACCGCGGAGAACGACCUCGGCCAGGACUCGGCUAUCGUUAAGAUUCAGAUAAGCGAUCGUCCGGACCCGCCGCGUUUCCCCCAGGUGGAUAACAUCGGCCACGAUUCCCUCGCUCUCACGUGGAAGCCACCCGUAUGGGACGGCGGUAGCAACAUCACGAAUUACCUCGUUGAGAAACGAGAGCAUCCGAUGACCAGUUGGAUACGCGUGGGAAGCACGAGGUUCUGCACGAUGGCGGUGACCGGUUUGAGCCCCGGUCAUCAGUACGAGUUCAGGGUGUCGGCCGAGAACGUUUACGGCCGAAGCGACCCGAGCGAGGUCACCGGACUGAUAACCACCAAGGAUUCCGGCAAGAAACAGUUCAAGAAGAAGGAGUACGAGGUCGAUCGGAGUGGCAAGAAAAUACGCGGUCGCAACGACGAGAAACCGAAGGACUACGACCAGUACGUGUUCGAUAUUUACAGCAAGUACGUGCCGCAACCGGUCGAAAUCAAGCACACCUCGGUCUACGACAAAUACGAUAUUUUGGAAGAGAUCGGCACCGGCGCCUUCGGCGUGGUUCACCGCUGCCGCGAAAGGGCCUCCGGCAAUAUAUUCGCCGCCAAGUUCAUACCGGUCUCCCACGUUAUGGAAAAGGAACUGAUCAGGAAGGAGAUCGAUAUAAUGAAUCAGCUGCAUCAUCCCAAGCUGAUAAAUCUCCACGACGCCUUCGAGGACGACGACGAGAUGGUCCUGAUAUUCGAAUUCUUGUCCGGAGGUGAACUCUUCGAACGAAUAACGUCCGAAGGUUACACGAUGUCCGAGGCCGAGGUCAUCAAUUACAUGCGACAGAUUUGCGAGGCCGUCAAGCACAUGCACGAAAAGAACAUCAUUCAUCUCGAUAUCAAGCCGGAGAACAUCAUGUGCCAGACCCGGAACAGCACGAACGUGAAACUCAUCGAUUUCGGAUUAGCCACAAAACUGGAUCCCAACGAAGUCGUCAAGAUAAGUACGGGGACCGCGGAAUUCGCUGCUCCGGAAAUCGUCGAACGCGAACCGGUUGGAUUUUACACGGACAUGUGGGCCUGCGGUGUCCUAGCGUACGUUCUGCUGAGCGGCCUGUCGCCGUUUGCCGGUGACAACGACAUCGAGACCUUGAAGAACGUGAAGGCGUGCGAUUGGGACUUCGACGAGGAGGCCUUCCGCGAUGUAUCCGAAGAGGGGAGAGACUUCAUCAAGAGAUUGCUCGUGAAGAACAAGGAGAAGCGCAUGAACGCCCACGAGUGUCUUCUGCAUCCCUGGCUGACCGGAGACCACAGUAAUCGCACGAACCCCAUCGCCAGCAGCCGUUACCUGAGCUUCAGGGACAAACUGCGCGCGAAAUACGACAACUGGAGUAAAUACGUCUUGCCGAUCGGUCGGCUCGCCGAGUAUUCCGCCCUGCGGAAGCUCCUCGUUGAAAAAUACAAGAUCUACGACACGUCCUUCGAUCGCAGACAGGCGGCGCCGAGAUUCGUCAUCAAGCCGCAGAGCGCGUUCGCCUACGAAGGGCAGAGCGUGAAAUUCUACUGCCGGGUGAUCGGCGUCGCGACGCCGACGCUCACCUGGUCGCACAACAAUCAGGAAUUGCGUCAGUCCGUUAAAUUCAUGAAGCGGUACACGGGCGACGAUUACACUUUCGUCAUAAACAGGGUGAAACUCGAGGACAGAGGAGAGUACAUAAUCAGGGCCGAGAACCAUUACGGUUUCAGGGAGGAAGUUGUAUUCCUGAACGUGCAACCGUUGCCCAAGGAGGUGCCGAGAUACAAACCGGAGGUCCAACCGGUCCGCACGCGCGAACCGUUCCGCUGGAACUUCUGGCAAGAGGUCAGCGAAAGCGCGCCGAGUUUCACGUUCCUCCUGAGACCCCGUGUCAUGCAAACGAGACAAACGUGCAAACUCCUGUGUUGUCUCAGCGGCAAUCCAUCGCCCACGGUCAAAUGGUUCAAGGACAAACAGGAGUUGUCGAAAUACGAAUACACCAUGACGCACAGCGACGGGGUCGUCACCAUGGAAAUAGUCGACUGCAAGCCCGAAGACAGCGGCAAAUAUCGAUGCGUGGCCGUUAAUUGUCACGGUAAAGAUGAAACGAGCUGCGUCGUCAUCGUCGAAGGAACCGGAGAGACCGACGAACAAGCUAAACUAGCACACGACCUCCUAUACUCCGGAGAUCGAAGGUUCAUCGAACAACCCAUAAAACCGGCACCUCCUCCGAUAGUUACCGUACGAAAAUCGAGUUACAGUAGUUCGAACACAAACAGUCAUUCGGUGACGAACAGAUCGAAUUACAACUCGACGUCGCACUCGUCGAAUUACAACAAUCUCUCAAGUUCAACAUCGAGCAGUGUCAGACAAAACGCCUCUUCGUACAAAUCAAAUCUCGAGACCAGUUCGUCGAAUAGAAACGAAAGCGUUUCCGCGGACAAGAGAACGAUCAAAAAAUACGGCAGCAGAUUAGAUACCACCGGAAGUCCGUCGCGAUCAAGAAGCGCGACGAAAGAACUCAUACUUCCACCGGACGAUUCGAUGUGCGCGCCAGAGUUUAUCAAGAAGUUGCAAGACCUGACGAUCAAAGACGGUGAGCAACUGGAAUUAUCGGUUAAAAUCAGGGGGGAUCCGGAACCCCAGGUGACGUGGUCUAAAAAUGGAAAGGCGUUGAGCUCCUCCGAGAUCCUCGAUCUCAAGUACAGAGGCGGAGUGGCAACUUUGACGAUAAACGAAGUCUUCCCCGAAGACGAGGGCGAAUUCACGUGCAAAGCGACGAACAGCAUCGGCACCGCGUCGACCUCCUGCAAACUCACGGUCAAACCGAUGGAAAACGGGGAGAGUAAAAAGAAGGGUGUCUCCGACAAGCCGCCUAAGAUCGUCGAUCACUUGGAGAGUAAAUUCGUGAAGGACGGCGAGUCGGUCGUUCUGAGUUGCCGCGUUAUCGGCGCCAAGAAGUUCGACGUCGUCUGGCUUCACAAUAACAAGGAGAUCAAACCGAGCAAGGACUUCCAAUACUCUAACGAGGCCAACAUCUACAAACUCAACAUCGCCGAAAUAUUCCCCGAGGAUUCCGGCACUUACACUUGUGAAACUUUCAACGAUGCAGGGGAGAGUUUCUCCUCGUGUACUCUCAACGUUCUCGUGCCGAACGAGGAACCAAAAAGCCCGGUGUUCACGACAUUCCCACAGUCGUCGACUGUGAGCGAAGGAGAGAGCGCGAGCUUCACAUGUCAGACUGAAACCGCACCGCUGAAAGUGACGUGGGUGAAGGACGGAAAGCCGAUAGACGAGACGAGCAGCAAGUACUUAUUCAGUUCGGACGGCGAGAAAUCAUUCACCAUUCAAAUAAAAUCCUGCUCGCACGGAGACGUGGGUCAAUAUACCGCCAAAGCGAUCGGCAAAAAAGGUGAAACAACCGCAGCGUUCGCCCUCAACGUCACGAAUCCUGGCGACGUUUGAAGGGGAAAUUCUUUGAUAUUUACAAAUAUUUAAUCACCUAGACGAUGAUCAUUGAAUAAGAGUCUGUGAGAGUUUAUCGAAUAUGAGAAGCAACAAAAACAGAAAUAAAUUGAU